GUAUGCUCUGUACUGUAGUUUACUAACGGAAAACAAAUUAUAGUUCACACAACCACAAACUUUCAACGCCUACUCAGAAUGGCAGACCCCUCCCCUUCAAAAGUCUUGGAUCAAAUGGAAAUCGAUGCUCUCUCCGACACCGCUACCCUCGAUUUCACCUCCUCCGACUCCACCUCCUCCGAAAACUCCUCUCCCACCAACGUAGCCGCCGCAGCCGCACUCCCACAAUCGACAAGCAACUGGGACGAAAUGAUCGCUGCCUAUCAAGCCAGAAGAGAUAGAGAGUACCACUACAACACCAUCCCCGUUCUCGACUUUCUCCUCCAUCUCCGCGAGCGUGGUAUCCAACCAUCUUUCCGAAACGCAUUAGUCGCUAUGGCUCUUAUCGAUGAUGAGAACCGCGCUUUGGCUCACCAAAACUUUCUCUUCAUGCCUGGUACUGCUCACUGCUUUGUUGCUGAGCAUUCUAAUCUCGAUUACGAGGAAGAUUAUACAGACAACGAAGCUGGUGAUGUUUUACCAGGUCACCAUGCUCAGGUUGAUGAUGAUCAAUCUGGUAAUGAUCAGGUUGAUCAGGCGGAUAUGAUGGAUGUUGAACAAUCAGAGGUUUCCCCCGAAAACUCUGCUCAACACCAUGAAACUGCCGAGGAGCUUUAGAUCCUCACUUCCAACAACCAAUCCCAUUGGUUUGAGAGAAACCCAUACAUCCUCGAGCUUUCAUUUUGGAUUGAGCCUAUUUUCGUGGGGCCAACGGUUCGAGCAAUUCAGGAGCUUUGUUUAUGGAUAUGGUCACUUCUCACAUGCUAUGAAUAUGGAAUUGAUA